AUGGAGUUCUACUUGGAGAUUGACCCUGUCACCUUGAACCUGAUCAUCCUGGUGGCUAGCUAUGUCAUUUUGCUCCUGGUGUUCCUCAUCUCCUGCGUGCUCUAUGACUGCCGAGGCAAGGACCCAAGCAUGCAGGAUGCUCCGGAAACGACUAUGGAUGCCCAGCCUUCCAUCCGUUUAGUGGUGAUGCAGCAAAGCACUUCUGGCUCCCCUUGGGCAAGGGGACCUGGCCUCCCCUUUAAGGAUCCUUCUGUGUUAGGGAAGAAAAGCACAGUGGUGUGA